AUGGCCGAGUUCGGGCCUUUGACAAUCCACGACAAUCCUGAUGGCUGGGGUCCACCAAUGGAUCUCGCGCCGGCUAAGUUCCAGGAUAUGCCGUAUGCCCCAUUCUCAAAGUCCGACCGCCUAGGCCGCGCGGCCGAUUGGACUUCCUUUGGGAACCGCCACCACCGCGAUCCCACUCCGGAAGACCCCACCUCCGAGUUUACCAUAGUGGACAACAAAGUCAUACCACGCACAGGCGGCUACGGACGUGGACGCUCCUCGUUUCGCGGUUCUUACCGCGGUCGUUCAGGCCGCUACGGAGACCGCGGUGGCGAUCGCGACAUGAAUAGACGAUCGAACAGAGGUGGGCGGGGGUCCUCUCGUGGUGGCAGGUCCAAUUAUCGUUCUCGAUGGGAGGAUCGUCGAAACAUUCAGAGAGAGUCCAGUGUCGAAGUCGGCACCGAAUGGGUUCAGCUAGAAGAGCUGACCUCCAACGCUUUGUCCAAGCUUUCAUACAAACCAGUUACUAGCGGUGAAACUAUCACCACGUGCGGUGUACUGCCCUACGUGGAUCGCACUUUGGACAAGAUCACUGCGAAGAAUCCGAGGCCCUUGCGCAAAUCUACAACCGAGUAUCCACGUGUUACGACUACUGAUGACCCUGUCAUUCGCAAGAUCGCAGCUAGUGGCGAGGGUUCCGUUUUCGCAACUGGUGCCAUCCUCGCGCUUAUCAUGGCGGUUCCUCGCUCGGUGCAGAGUUGGGAUGUGAUUGUGCAGAGAAUUGGGGGCAAACUAUUUCUGGACAAGCGCGAUGGUUCUAUGGUUGACUAUGUUACGGUGAAUGAGACAUCGCAUGACGCGCCCAAGGAUGAGAAGAAUCUCACUGGCGACGAAGUGAUCAACUCUUUCCAGAGUUUGUCUAAGGAGGCCACAAAGAUCAAUGAGAAUUUUACGCAAGCGGUUGUCAGCAAGACAGACGUAUUCAAAUAUCCCGAGGGCAACCCGUUUGCAGAUGAAGUUGAGGGGACACCUGUAAACAUUGCAUACCGCUACAGGAAAUGGUCUUUAACGGACGAUAUUACGAUUGUGGCCAGAUGUGAACUGGACGGUGCCUUCAAGGCUUCCGCCGCAGAAGAUGAACCAUUGCCAAUAUCGAUUCGUGCCCUCAAUGAGUUCUUUGAUCCCAACGCCAGGCAGCCGACAGAUUGGCGUGGAAAGCUCGACACUCAGCGCGGAGCCGUGUUGGCGACAGAAGUGAAGAACAACGCGUCGAAACUCGCGCGUUGGACCGCAGAGGCGCUUUUGGCAGACACAGACCGAAUCCAGUUUGGAUUCGUGUCGAGGACAAGGGCGGCCAAAGCGGAUUCACACACUAUUUUGGGCGCUCAGAUGUAUCGUCCGAAGGAGUUUGCAUCGCAAAUUGCGCUCAAUACAAGCAACAUGUGGGGAAUUCUCAAAGAAGUCAUCGACUCGUGUUAUAAAAACCUGGAAGAUGGGCAGAAGGGUGUGUUGUUGAAAGACCCGAACAAGUCUAUCCUUCGGUUGUACCAUGUUCCAGAUGACGCCUUUGAAGAAGACGAAGAAGAGGAUGAUGAGGACGAGGAAGGGGACGAUGCACAACAGGGUACGUUGUUUAUGUAA